CUGAGCACGACCGCUUGUGUUGCGAUCGAAACGUCGUGAUAUAUUAUUUUUUGUUUUAUUCUCCAAUUAUGUCACUUUUUCGUUACAUAACAUGCCCACUCUCUUACAUGUGCAGUCAGUCACAUUUCUAUUGUGCUUGCAGUUUUGCUUCUUUCCAACUAUAUUAUUGUUUGCUGUAUGUGUUUGUUGACUUCUUUGUGAACGUUUUGGGAAAAUAUGUGUGGUGGCAUCCGAGUUGCUUUCAGAUUGCGACGAGCAUCUUUAUCAACAAUAAACACAAAUCAGCGUGUCACAUGUGCACGACGAACAUCCCGUCUGCCAAGUAUAAUAUGUGUUUGGGCUGCUGAUGGCAAAUGCAUAAAAUCAUAAUAACCCAGGCAAUGCCCUUUUACACACUAGUUUCCUCUGUCAUUUCGAUAUCUCGAAAACUUUUUAAUUUCUAACUACGCUGUUGUCAUUAAAGUUGCUUCACGUUUUAACGAGCACUGACCUGCUUUGGUGAAGUACGAUUAAACAACCGCCCCAUGACCAACUCGGCAUGGUCGAGAGGCCUCGAUCCAACAGUGAAUUAUCAUUACUACAUAUUACUGUUUAACAAUAAAUAAUAACGUGAUGUAGAUUGAUAGAUUCCAGAGAGUGACAAAGAUUCCAUUGUUUUCUGUACUUUUUUAUGAGUGUGGUGAAUAUUCUAUUUAAAUCGUGGCAUCUUGAAUUUCACUUGAUGAUAAGGCUUAUGAUGUUUCCUAGUAAUUUAAAACUUUAAUUCUAAAUUGUAUGUUCUCCAUACGCAGCAUUGCAGUGACAGCAAGACGGGUGGUCAGGUAGACCACGACAGUUACAUAAAAAAUGUAGUUCUGGUUACAUGUGCAGUCUUGUGUGUGAGGUGAUACUGUGUUGUACAGUAAUGUGCAGGCUGCGGUGUUCAGCUAUUUGACAUUUUGUUCCCGAGGGCCAAUGAAACUGGCUCCUUUGACUUAUUGAUUUUGUUGUACACCCAACACUUUUAAGUGGUGUAAUGGGAAAAAAAUAUUGCAUCAGCGGUGCACACUAGUUGCGUCAUGGCUUCAGUUGACAAUUCAACCUCAGUACUCUUAAAUGUCUACAUUUAAAAGCACAACAACUGCAUAUUGUACAGAUAUGCUAUUGCCCUUUUUAAAAAAAAGUACUUAACACUAUGCUGCGUCUCGUUUGUUUCGUAUAUAAUGAAUCGUAAUAUCCGUUUAGAAGCCACUAGAUGUACAACGAAAAAUUACCCCCCCCCCCUCCCCAUAAAAAGGGCUAUAAUUUAAAGUAUAAAUUCACGCAUGCUGAUGGGUUGUCAUGUUAUACGUUUGCUCAUUAAGGGUAGUACACGAUUUCCUGUCUGGACUACGCGUGUUAACUAAUGGUUACUCAGCAUAAAUCUGUGCAAAAGAUGACUCACGACUAUUUUGUCAGCAGCUUUUUUUUUGUCACAACCAAUAAGAAAGUGCGCACUCGACAAACCGAAGACCGAGAGAGAGACGCCCAGUGUGCGGAGUCACGGUGCGAGCAUUUCAUAACAGGGCUGUCGCUUCUUUCUCCGUCAGUCGGAAAGAAGUCACCCUCGGCGCUUCGUGUCUUCACUUGCUCGUAACUUUAAAAAGUAGCAGAGAGGGUGCGCGCGCGCGCGUGUUUAAUUUCACACGCACGCACACGCGCGUCUGUCUCUCGUCUUCUUCUUCUUCUUCGUGACACGGUGGCACCCACCAUAGCCUCGGGUGACUUUCAAACGAUGAAAAGUAGACCGCUUACGCAGCGCGACGCACGUGAAAAGCCGGAGGUAAGGAACGCUUUGGCGCGGUCGCCCCCCGAGUUGAGCGGGGGAGACGGGGACCCUCUCGGGAAAAAUGACUCGGACCGAGUGCACCUCAAGAAGAAGAUCACCCUCGUGCGUGGCAUUUCCAUCAUUGUGGGCACCAUCAUCGGCGGUGGGAUAUUCAUCUCGCCCAAGGGUAUCCUGACGAACACCGGUAGUGUGGGCAUGUCGCUGGUUGUCUGGGCAGCGUGCGGUGUCCUGUCACUUUUUGGUGCAUUGUCGUACGCUGAGCUGGGGACUUGCAUCAAGAAGUCUGGAGGCCACUACACCUACAUCCUUGAAGCGUUCGGACCUCUGCCAGCUUUUGUCAGAUUGUGGGUCGAGCUCAUCAUCAUCAGACCAGCUGCAACGGCUGUAAUAGCACUCACAUUUGGGCAAUAUAUUCUGCAACCGAUGUUUCCUCAGUGCCACGUCCCUCAGUUAGCAGUGAAAAUUGUCACUGCCCUCGCUAUCUCACUGGUGAUGUUCAUAAACAGUUCAAGCGUCUCGUGGACAGCGAGACUUCAGACGUUUCUCACAUUCUCCAAGCUCGCUGCCGUUGGAAUCAUAAUCAUACCGGGCAUCAUACACUUAGCCAAAGGUAACACAGAACAUUUCCAAGAUUCCUUUGUCGGAAAGGAGGUCGGGCUGAUGGGGCUUCCACUGGCGUUUUACUCUGGCAUGUACGCCUACUCUGGCUGGUUUUAUAUGAACUUUGUAACAGAGGAAGUGGACAAUCCAGAGAGGAACAUUCCUCUGGCUAUUUGCAUUUCUAUGGGCAUUGUGACCGUGGCAUACACGUUCAUGAACAUGGCUUACUUCGCUGUGAUGAGUGGUGCCGAGCUUCUGGCGUCAAAAGCUGUGGCUGUGACAUUUGCGGAACGUCUUCUGGGGAAUUUUUCCAUCACCGUUCCAGUGUUCGUAGCUUUGUCCUGCCUGGGAUCCUUAAAUGGAGGAGUCUUUGCAAUAGCAAGGAUGUUUUUCGUGGCAUCACGAGAGGGCCACCUUCCACACAUCUUGUCCAUGAUCCAUGUUCGGAAACACACUCCGCUGCCUGCCGUGAUCAUUCUGUACCCGUUGACGAUGCUGAUGCUGUUCGUUGGAGACAUCUACAGCCUUCUAAAUUUCUUCAGCUUUGCACGCUGGCUUUUCAUUGCGAUGGCUGUGAGCGGGCUGGUGUACAUGCGCUUCACACGUCCACACAUGCAUCGCCCAUUCAAGGUGCCCCUGUUCAUCCCAGUCUUCUUCUCCCUGUCAUGCCUUUUGGUAGUGGCUCUGUCUCUUUACUCGGACCCGGUUAACAGUGGCAUUGGCUGUGCCAUUACGCUGAGUGGCGUUCCUGUGUACUACCUCACUGUGGUUUGGGACGGCAAGCCCACUGCAGUCAAGCGUGCCACAGACAGGGUGACACGUGUCCUGCAGCUGAUCCUGCAGGUGGCACCACAAGAGGUGGCCACUUACUGACCCAUUAAGACUCUACACAAGGGCCACUUCAUUGAAACCGUUUAAGGCACAUUGGCUUUCAGCAGCCGUGAUCUAUCCAUUGACGGAUGAAGGUCUUCCCAAGCUGUCACAUCUCUCACGGGCUCACGAUGCAACAGUCCUGCACACAAACUGAUAUCGUUCCUCCAUCUCUACAAUGUACAUCGUCUUUUGUGUGAUCACUCUGGCUGCCACUAUUAUUAGUCCUUCUAAUGAUGUAUCCGCUCCAAGCCCACUUAUCUUUCUUAACAAUCAAUAUGACGGCUCUAACGUGCAUUUGUUCUUAAUCCAUGUGUUCCUUUUUCUGUCUCUCAGUGUUAUUCUAAACUUGUACCUCUCCAUAACUUUUGAAUACUUUUCAGCUUUUGUUCUAAAUGUAUUCAUCAAUGUCCAUGUUUCCAGGUCAUAUGGAUUAGAAGCAUAUAGGUUCAUGUAAGCUUAGUGUCAUGAGGGUAUAAUAAAUAAAAAGUGGGUCUUACCAUGGAAGAAAAUUGCACAAUUAGAAAAAUAUAUAUUUAUAUAUAAGUGUUGACACGUUUGAAACCGUUAGUUUUGUAAUAACAUAUUUAAGAUACUUUACAUUAAAAAAAUUCUGUUCACACUCCAUGCCACAAAGAAAGCUCAUACAAGUGCAUAUUUGAAGAAUGCCAGAUUUUCAGAAAAACCCGUUCAAGUGACCCACUCGAUGUCGAAAAGCUAGACUUUUUGUCGCAGGUUUCUUUGGAAAUUAUAGGGAUGCAAUGCAAAAACAAAGCAAAAGGUACAACAUUUUCUACAUUUUUAAAAUUUACAUCUAUCAUGAUAUAAUAGCUACAUUCUUAAUGCACUGCUGAAAUGACAAGGUCAAAACUAAUGUCAUAUUUUGAGACUCACGUGGCGAUGUAAAAACCAAUUCGAUCGUUUUAAGUUCCAUUUUGGAUGUAAUGGGUUAAACAUAAUUAAAGGAGUAUAUACGUAUCUCAUGAAUUUCUAACUCCCAAUUUUUGUUAUCUCAAGAAAAUCAAUGGGCAGGUGUGGGACUUCUGGAAUGCAUACGGUCAGUCACAGACGAGCCUGAGGAAAAGAAUGAGAAGUGGGAGAACAACACAAGAAUGAUUGAAGAUGUUCCAGCAAAUGGGAGUUUGAAAGCAGAAAGAUAUUGGCCGAUGAUUGACAAUUCAGAUGUGGUACUUCUUUGGGAGAAAGAUGGAGCCAUAACAAAUGAUGGGAUGUUUAAAUUAGCAGAGGAAUUUUAUGCGCAUCUUCAUAUCUAAAGAAUCCUGUAACUUAGGACUCAGAUGAAUAGGAAGAUCCAAUUUUCAGACUUGAAGAAGUAAACACUCCCCUCACACAAAUGUAUUGUGCCAAUAUUAACGUCCAUUUACCUACAAUAUUUAUGCAUGACAGUGUAUAAAAUAUACACAUAUGCUUAUUUAUUGAAUAAAUCAAGGAUGCUUUGCUACCUGAAGUCACAGCAGCUAUUGCACUUACUGUUGUUAUUUUCCAUUGGAUUUUUUUAAAGCAUAUUUUAGUUCAUAUAUUUAAGCCACUUUGUUUUUUAUGUUAAAUGUUGUAUGAUGGUCCCAGUAAAGUACUGUAUUAUGUACAAAUUGUUCACAUGUAAAUGUAUAUCUCAAAAUUCCCAGUUGAAUUUUGGACACAGAUGGAAAUGAGGAUUGCAGAAUGAUACAUGUGGCUACUGGACAAAUCAGAGUAAUAUCAGGCCAGUCACAUCCACAUAAAUCUGUGCUCAUGCUGCACUAAAGAUAAUUUAUUGCAAUAUUUACAUGAGAGUAUCUUCCAAAUGAUGGAUUUAUUUGCCCAAAAUAAGCAUUUGUAUGCAUAAUCACUCCACAUUGCCAGUUAUUACCAAUAAACUGCAAUAACGUAACAUGCAAAACAUUACUUUUCAUCAACUUUUGUAGGGACGAUGUAAAAUGUGAGUAAAAGUGGGUAUAAUUAUGUUGUUUCUGAGACAUGUACGCGUAUGUAUUAGCUACAAUUGCUACUUUAAAUAAACUAAAGACUUUUC